AUGAACUCCUUGACUGUCGUACUUCUUGCUGUCUCAUCCGUGGUAGUCUCCGGAUACCACUACCACGGCUACGGUGGACUUGGUGGUCAAGGACUUGGGGGUCAAGGGUUUUCAACCGGAGGAGAAUCCAUCUUGGGGGCCCAAGCAGGACCCUACCAAGUAGCAGGCCCCCUCUACGGACCAUCCAGCGUCGAUGGCCCACAUAUUGGACACGUCAAAGUAAGCGGACCAACCUCUGAUCACGCCAAAGUUUACGGAUCCAAGGUUGCCGCUGCCCACGUCGCUGGGCCCGUAAAUGCGGGUGCGCUUGUUUCUGCCCCAGUUUUUGGAGGAGUCAGAUUUGUGGACAACGCUGCCGGAGCUGGAGGUGCUGGCGGUGUUGGAGGACAUGGGGGAUAUGGUGGAUAUGGGGGAUAUUAUGGACAUGAACACGAAUACCACUAUUGA